AUUAAUUUUAUCGGUCGUAAAUUAGAUAAACCGAGUCCGGUCGUCACAAAAUUCAUUAUUCCGACUGUUUUGCCUUCGCAGUGUAUAUUUUGAGAUAAUAAGUAUAUAUUGUGAAUUAUGUGUAAUAAUUUUAUUGUGGUUCGAAUUCGCUCUAUCUAAAAGUGUCCAUUUUUAUGAGAAAAUUGUUGAGGUGACUAAAGCAAAAUGCUUUACUUGAACAUAUUGAAACAGUCAACUAUAGUACAUCUAUGUUUUGCUAUAUCAUACUUCACAUCAGGGAUAUUGUUGAGUUUUAUUCAGGCUGUUUUGUUCUUUGGACUAAAACCAUUUAACAAGAGGUUGUUUAGAAAAAUUAAUUAUUACCUAUCAUACUCAUUUUACUGUCAAUUAGUGUUUAUGUCAGAAUGGUGGUCAGGCACAAAACUAUCAAUUUAUGUUAAAAAGGAUGAAUAUGAUAAGUAUUACGGCAAGGAACAUGGAUAUUUGAUUAUGAACCACAGUUAUGAGGUCGAUUGGCUCAUGGGCUGGCACUUUUGUGAUGGAAUUCAAGUGCUUGGAAACUGCAAAGCGUACGCUAAGAAAUCAAUCAAAUAUUUACCACCAAUCGGUUGGAUAUGGAAAUUCUCCGAGUUCGUAUUCCUAGAGAGAUCAUUCGAGAAGGACAAAGAGAUCAUCAAGGAACAGAUAUCAGAGAUCUGUGAUUAUCCAGAUCCAGUAUGGCUAUUAUUAACACCGGAAGGCACGAGAUUCACGAAAACUAAACACGAAGCGUCAUUAAAGUUUGCUAAGGAGAAGAAUCUGCCGCUACUUAAGCAUCACUUGACACCAAGAACCAGGGGCUUCACUACCAGCCUCCAAUACUUCAGAGGAAAGAUACCAGCCAUAUACAACAUACAGUUGGCUUUCGAAAAGGAUAGCAAGGUACCUCCGACAUUGACCACGAUGUUAUAUGGUAAACCCGUCCACGCACACUUGUAUAUAGAAAGGAUACCGGUGGAGAGUAUCCCGGAAGAUGAGGCUGAAGCCGCGAAAUGGUUACACGACAUAUUUGUCAUUAAAGACAAAAUGCAGGAUUCAUUCUUGAACACCGGUGAUUUCUUCUUAGAGUCGGGUGUGGAGAGAGUUGAGUCUUUCCAGCGACCUAACCGUAUAUACUCAUUACUGAACACACUGGGCUGGGCGGUUGUGACCCUGACUCCCAUGUUAUAUUACCUCCUGGGUUUGCUGUUCAGCGGAAAGCUCUUGUAUUUCUCUAUUGGUGGUGCCAUUCUCCUAGCGUUUUACAUUCUGCUUCAAAAGUCCAUAGGGAUGUCCAAAAUCAGCCAAGGUUCAUCAUAUGGAACGGAGAAAACUAAGUGAUUUAUUUUUAUUGUAUCCAAAAUAUAUUAAAUAAAAUUAUAAAUAUUUUUUUUUAUGAAUGGUGGAUAAUGCCAAAUAUGAUUCUGUUUGUGCGAGGAUGAACCUAAAGAUAUUUUGAAUAUAAGCUUUUGUAUGUCAUUUGGUCGUUGUAGUAUUAUAGGUGGAAAUUUUAGCUAGAAAAAGUUAGAUACAGAUAAAAAUUUAAUAGACUGUAAAAUAUAUUUCUACAGCGGACAAGAAAAAAAAGGGCAAUAUUUACAAUGAUUAUAAAAGCGAAAAAACAACGUUGGAUUAAAAAAAAAUAAAAAAAUUAGUCGAUUUUUGGAUUUUAUAUAACACUUGAUCUUAGUUCUUUCGGAACUAUUUAGUUAGAGACUAAAAUCAAGAACUUUCUUAAGCUUUGACUAUUUUCUGCCGAAUUUUCAUAAUUUGUGUUUAUCAUCACUUCAUCCAUGAAUUGAUCACAGUUGUGUAAUCCAUAAAUAUCACGAUGCUAGUAUGGAAACAUUCAGUUUUAAUAUUUUUAAUAUCAUAAACAUUAUUUACAAAACUCAUUAGACAAGAGUAUGAUGAAUUGGAACCACUUAAAUUGUUGAUAUUUUUUUUUUUUUUAUUUCUCAUCCAUGUUUGAAAUAUACAGCUUUUUUGGUAAAUUAUAAUUGUUAUACUAUAAAAUUUAUAUUUUUCACAUUCGCAAAACAUUUUAUGAGAUUUCCAGAACUAUAGUUUAAUUUGUACAAAUACGCGCGCAAACUUUUUUACUCAUGUAAAUAUGAAAGGCUAUAAGGAACAAAUUUGUUUCUCCUACUUGAUAUGAUGAACCUGUACGUUUGUUAUUAUUUUUAUAUUUGACAUAGAUUAAAUGAUUAUAGAGGUGACGGUUUUUAUUUUUUUCUUAAUGUUACACUAAUAAAAGUUUUGUAUACUCUAUAUUUAAUACCUAAUAUAUAUUUUUUUUUAAUAUUUGUAUAAAUAUUUACAGUUCAUUAUCCUGUAUUUAAAAUGAUAUUAAAAUUUAUUUAAGCACAGUAUUUAUUAGAAUGUGUGCAAUGUUUUCCGUGUGUGAUACUAGCCUUAAAAAAAAUGGUUUCCUAAUUAUUUUUUUCUUAUUUAAAAAUGUUGUUUUAUUUAAAAGAUAUUAGUUUUUAAUUUUGUAAUUUUCUAUUGUUCUCUUGAUUAUAGUACUUAUCAUCUGUUCAUUUACUUUUGUUAUUUAUUUAAAUAUGUAGUGUGAGCCCGGUCGGACAUUAGUAUUUUACCUAUAUAUGCUUAAGUGACGCACAUUUUUGUUAGAAUAAAAUUUCAGGUACAUUGAUAGUUUGGUAAUAUAUAUUGUGUACAAGUAUUUUUUUAACUUCUGUUAUAAAAAAAUUUAAUAAACCCCAUUUAAUUAU